AUGCCGAUAAUUUCAGGGAGCAGCCACCGUGAUGGUGCUAUAUACAAGAGAGCGGCUCACUGGGAGCAUAAUUACUUUUUUGAUAUCACUGACCGUACAGAGACUCGGUUGGAGCCAGCGCGUGCAUACGAUAUACCACGUAACAUGAUGCAGAUCUUUUCAAUGAAGUUAGCUAAAGCUCCUAUCAACAGCGGCUCAAUACAGUUAUACGGAUAUAUAGCAGCACAUGAUGAAGUUGAUCUAAGACUGAAUUAUGUUUUCAAUCGUAGCAGCGAUGAUCCCAUCACCGUGCAGCAGGGUUCUCUAAUUGAAAUGAACGGCCCUAAGAGAGCCAUCCUGUUGAUAUUUGAUGUGCUACUUGAGUUUGACAUGAGGAUCAAGAAUGGGGAGAAUGAAGAGGAUGAUUUGCAGCUGAUUGAUGGAAUCUCAGAAUUUUACGGUUUACGCAUGUCGUGGAGACCGCACGAGGUUCGCAUUGGUGGAAAUUGUGGUGCAGUCGAUACGUCUUUUGCACUUGUUCAUAAUUCAGUCGAGGCCACAGUACAAGUUAUCAUAUCAAAAGUGCAGACUGGCUUUGAUUUAUCUCUCAGUUCUACGAUUGCUCUUCUGGAGAUGAAUAAAGAAUUCCAGCUCUUCAGUGGAAAUAUUAGUGAGUCCUGUGGCUUAGGAAGCUUUGUGAUUGCUGUCACAUGGGAUACGCUUAUGAAUUUGAAGUUCAAGGUUGAUCACCAAGGCCGUAACAAUAAUAUUGAACGCAAUUGUUCCUUCAAAGCUAAGCUAAAUGGACACGCCAGCCAUCAGCUAAAUCUCGAGACUGCCUCAAUUUUAGUUAAGGUGACUUGGGCUGUGUUGCCUGCAUAG